AUGAGCGGACCCGGUUUGGGUGCCAAUGAAGCGGAAGUUUCACAACGUGACAAAGCUGACUAUCGUCUACCUUGUUCAAACGACAACGAUCAAGACCUCUUCCCUCCUUCGCCUCUCCCUGAAUCGUUACCUUCAACUCAAGACGCUCUCCCCUCAGCGUUCUCAACCUCCGUCGAGGAAUGGAUUGAUCGGAUACUCACUCCCCCAACCUCUGAAGCUUCCAGCUCUUCUACUACCUCCCACAACACCACAUCCACAUCUUCCAAGCGGAAGCGAAUUAGUUCCACAGACUGUGACGAGCUCAUCGAGCCGCAUACCUUGGUCCUAUUAUCCAGGAGGAACCUCCAAAGACAUUUAGCGGCUAUGGCACCUCCAACCACUUCCCAGACGCCAAAGAAGGGCGGUGCGGAUACGUUCUCUAACAGCACUCAAGGCACGCCAAAUGACAAGCGCACACUCCCCAAGGGACCCUCUUGGGUGAGGGAGUGUCAGAAAGGCCACAACAUUUUCCGCGAACAUGAGGUCUUUGACUGUGAGGACUAUAAAGAUUUCAAGCAGCUUGUGUCGGCCCCCUUUCAAGGCGAUCGUCAUUCUGCCGUCAAGCCAUCCUCCGCUCAGAAAUUCAAGGAAGUUCAUGAUUAUUAUAAAGAUCUCAACGAGGCGGGGUUCAAGACAGAAAUGCUGCGAUUGAUUGUGAAAAUAGAUUUUGAGAUUCAACUCGAACCGGCAACGGAAACGAGUCGGGCUAUCUACGGACCAAGUGAGAGCUGGAACAAAGGCCUUCGCGUCCAGUAUAAUCAACCUGUUAAUCGUGGCCACAUUCCUCACACCUACACUGAUCCUCAAUUCGACCAAAGAAAGGUUCGGGAUGCUUUGAAGAAGGAGGGUAUGUCAAAACGCAGAGCCGGACGCAGUGUGGGGCUUUGA